UGGUCCUCAAAAAUUUUUGUGUUUUACGAGUGCAUGCGUUUCUCCUCUUAUUGAAGUGUUUUCUAUUAUCACAAGUUUCUUAUCCUGUCAGCGGUCAAGCAAAUCUCCCAUCAGCGGAAAGAAUAUAUACUUCUCCAUUUUCAUAGGAAGCUCGCCGAUGGCUGUCAUUAACUCAUUACACUCUAUUUUUGAGGCAGGAAUUCUACUGAGGUUCAACUAACUCGUAUCGGCGAUGGUUGCUCUUUUUUGUCUCCUCGGAAAAUUCUACUGAGAUAGCGAAAGUAAUUUCAAAUAAUGACAGAGUGCAGUGCUUUCAAGUCCUUAAACCAGCUACUCUCUCCUGUUGAAUCAAAUAGCUACACCACUUGUUAUUGUGAAGAAAACGUAUGGAAGUUGUGUGAAAAAGUUAAACUGAACAAUGAAGCGCACCUCGACAAAUGUUAUGCUGUUUUCAUCUCAAAUCCAAAUCAAACUGUUGCUUUACGAAAUCAAAAAGCUGGACACAAUAAUGAAGGCCUGGUGGUUUGGGACUACCAUGUUAUAUUCCUAAUUGUGUGCCCUGAUGAUGGAUGUUUCGUAUUUGAUUUAGACUCUUCUCUUAUGUUUCCGUCCAGCUUUGAAACUUACAUAGAAAAAACUUUUUAUUCAUCCACUAGUUUUAGUGAACAGUUUAUUAGCUUCUUUCGCAUGGUAAAUGCAACAGAUUAUUUAGGAAUGUUCUCUUCGGAUCGUAGACAUAUGAAGGAACCUAAUGGUACAUGGAUUUCACCUCCACCAACCUGGCCUCCCAUUAAAGCCUUGGAUUGUGAUUUUAAUCUAGACGAAUACACAGAUAUGAAUUCUUCCAAAAAAGGCAAGGUUCUCAGUCUUGCUGGAUUCAAAAGCGAAGUAGCAUCCUUGCUUAAUAGCGAAGAGCAAUUUUGACAAAGUGCCCAAUUUCCUAGUUAAUUUGUUCUUUCCUCUUAAAAUUGUUUAAUUUAAGCUCACAACCGUUAUGGAUCACUCACGAAAGUUGACUUUACCUUGGGAUUUUUUAGUCGUGCGACGGAGCCGUACAGACUACAGGUUUUGCCGAAGGCGCCCAAAAAAUGGCUAAACUUUCAGGCUAAGUCCACACUGAAAAUUUUACAUUUUUUUUUAAAAGAGAAAAAGAUAAAGUUGCACGAUUUUUACAACACUAUAACUAUAAUGUGUGGGUUUCCUUGUACUAAAUAUGAUCUAUGUCAUUGACUUACUGAAGUAUUCUAAAAGGAUCUGGAAAAACCCAUUUUCGCAGAGGCUUUCAAGCAGUGUUCUUUUGAAAGCACUUUAAAAAUUUGUAUGUUAUAAGUUUUAUUUGACCUAUCGAUAAAUUAUGGGUUUUAUAGCCUGUAUUAUGUUAGUCUUUCCUUUCAAAUCAUCUCCUCAUACAUGAGUUGUAGUACAGUAGAGCCUUUUUUAUCUGGCAUCAGUCAUUCAGUAGACAUCCUGCGCUAAUCUUUAUGAUUUUUCCUUUAAGUUUCCAUCUUGCAAUGUUUUCCAUACAUUUUAAACUAUUAGGCAUUUUUAAUGAGCAGAUCAUCCCCAAAUAUGAGGCGAUAUCUGCAGCUUGGCUGUAAUGCUGUUAAAUGGGUUCACUUCUCUGAAACAGGCUGGGUCAGUCGCGCUUGUCACAGAAUCAUGUUUUGAUUGUUUAAGCCUAUGGACAAGCACAAACUAAUACGAUCUAUUCAAGAGCAAAGUUUGUACGUCCAAUAUUAAAGGAGGCAUGGCUUAUUGAAUAACACAGUUUAUGGUGUUAUCCACCACGGUAAUGCAUACCGUGGUUCCAUCAAUCAGUUCACCCACGUUUGUGCUGGUUGCUUGACAUAAAACUUGCAUAAAACAAAGGUAAAGGAAAGUACGGUAUGCACUACUGCAGUGAAUGACGUCAUAGACUGUGUUUUUUGAUGGAUGAUAUCUCUGUCAAUCCUGGAUGUAGAAAUUUAGCAUCAAGACAGAUCUUAUUUGUUUUUUUAAAACUGUAAACUCAAACCAUCAAAACACGGUUGAUUGAGAAUACACAACUGAGCCGUACUCAAACACAAGAAAAAGACAUCAUUUGAGUGAUGUUUGUAACACCAAGUGACUAAAAUUUUGUUGAAGUUAUUCAUACUGCUUCCAAAGCAGUCUUUAAAUAGUUAAAUAUUUUAGGGAACAUUUGGGUGUUGCAAAUUUGAAUUUUUGUGUUAGUCAGUAUUUUUAAAAUAAUGCAAAUCUAUUUUUAUUUGUAAUUAAUUUUUAAAUUACGUAACAUAGUCAAUUAAAAUAAGUUAUUUUUCUUAUUUUUCCUUGUUUGUAGGCUGUAAUUUUUUAAUUACUAUGUCCUCUUUUUGUUUCAAAAUAUUAGUACAUUCUAAUCUUUUAAUUGUUGUCUUUAUGAAACCAUCUGAAUAUAUUAAAAGCAGCCCUUUCAAGACUACCAA